AUGGCGUCCACGGAACGACAACACCAAUUCGGCCAGGCAGUAAAAGUCUUGUUAGCCGAUAAAGUCGGCUCUUGCAGCGGGGAUGUGAUCGCCCUCACCCGCCAGAUCCUGCGGGGGUCACGCAGCCAAGAGCUCCUUGGUCAGGCAGCUCGGAACAUGGUUAUACAAGAAGAUGCCAUACUGCACUCAGAGGACAGCCUCAGAAAAAUGUCUAUUAUAACCACUCACUUGCAAUAUCAACAAGAAGCAAUACAGAAAAAUAUGGAACAGUCCAGAAACCUUCAGGACCAGCUCAGACAUGCAAUGAAAUAGAACAGUGCUCGCAAGAGUCUUUUUCAGGGUUAGAUGUUUGCUUCAGGCGGUUCUUUGUGGCCUUACAGUUGCACAUGUGUGAGACCUCGCAUAUGAGAAUUUCUCCAUAAAUAAUACGAACAUAUGUUCAAAAUAGAAGUCCAGAAGUUUGCACAACAGUAAAAGUGACAUUAAUGAUAAUGUUGAAAAUUUAUUGUACUGUUUUUGCUCAGUUGUGAGUCCACAAGAUGACAAAUACAGGAUUUAAUUCAUUUUUCUGUCACAUUACUUUUGAGAAUCAACUGCUUGUAAGAAUCGGAUCGUCCUGGACCGAUGAGUCUUUUUAACCAGAGUGCACUGUAUUCAGAUUCCUCUCAGUAUUUUGUCUCUGGCUUGCAAAUUUUCUUCUUCCAAGUUUAUUUAUGGUCCAUGUGAAAAUGUCAUUGGUUCUUUAUUUUAUAUAGAAAAAAUAAAGUUUUCAGAAUGAAAUCAAAGAAUCCGAAUGGAGUCCCAUCAAUGAAAUUAAUAGUAAAUGUUCCAAUAACUCUUUCUGACACAGUGAACCUGAACCAUACGCAGAGAAACCAGCUAUAGAGUGAGUGAAUUAUGAAACCAUUUAAUCAUAAAAACAGGAUUGUCCCAUGGCCCAUGUUUGCAUUUAUUACAUUUUAAUAGGUAGGUAAGGUAGGUCAUGCAGCUGUGUUACUUUUUUGGUGAUUAUUACAAUUAUUACAAUUUCAAUUUCAAUAUCUCAAACAUAACAGUUCAGAUCU